AUGCCAUCUGAUAAGGAAGAAUGCACUGGUCUUCUCAACGACAAGACCAGCCAUCCAGAUAUACCUGCAAAUAGCUCUGGCGCGAAAUCCUACAGACGUCGAUUCCUCAUUCUGAUUCCUAUCCUGAUUCUAUCCCUCACUGCGAACAUGAUCACCAUCUCUAUCAUCUUUUCGAACCCGAAACCCUACCAACCACCAUCAAAAUACGCCAACCUUAAACUCACCCACACAGAACCUUACGUUCUUCUAACCGACUACGCUUCUCAUAACACCACCCUAGCCGACUCCCUAUGGCACUCCAUAAAUAUUGACAGCGGCGUCGUCGCCCUCUCCGACACCUUUGCUGCAUCCCACAACCUUCGCACAGCGCAGCGCUUUCCCUGGGAUACCAGCAAAGGAAUCUAUAUCCUACAUGGCUUCCAUAACCUACACUGUUUGAAAAUCAUCUACAAUAGCCUUUUCGAGUAUCGAACUGGCCAGGAACAGUCGAGGACAUGGCAUCACAUCGCGCAUUGUCUUGAUGCGUUGAGACGGCAGAUGCUAUGUGAUGCAGAUGAUACGCCUAGAGCUACAGACAGAAGGGCCGAGGUUGUUAGUGGAGUCGGGCAGCAUCGCGUUUGUAGGGACUGGGGAGAGUUGGAACGUUGGGCGAAAGCUCAUACGGCUUGUUAUAAGCGUCCUGAGAAGCCCGGGGAUGAGGUUGGAUUGAAGAGAUUUAUGCAUUGUCCGGAGGGGAGUGGGUAUGUGGUUGAUGAGGGGUAUGUGCCUACGGAUGAGGUUUUGGUGGGGUUGCCCGAAGAGUCGAUUGCAAUAGCGGUGACUGGGGAUGUACAGAGAGAGUAG